GGAAGAAAGAGCAUGACAGCAAUGGAAACAGAUGAGUUAGGAGAUGGAAAAAGAAGAAGCCAAUAAGAUCGGUAAGAAGAGUUGAAGAUCUUUGUCUCAGACUUGACUUGAAGCAUGGAGUCUCUUACACUUGAGAAAAACUACCAAUCUGAACAAUGUGGUGAAACACUUAUUCACGCAGAUGAUCAGAAGAAGCACCGUCACAAUGGAGAGAAACCAUACCAGUGUCAGCAUUGUGAAAAGACAUGCACUAACUUGUUUAAUUACAAGCGACACCAACGUGUGCACUCUGAAGGGAGACCUUACCAGUGUGAUCAGUGUGAACGCACUUUUAUUUUCUUAUGCACUUACAAAGAGCAUCAGCUGAUCCACACUAGAGAGAAGCUGUACCAGUGUGAUCAAUGUGAGAAGGGUUUCAGUAGAUUAAGAAAUUACAAGAGACACAUGGGAAUCCACUCUGGAGAGAAACCACACUGCUGUGAACUCUGUGGAAAGAGUUUCCGUUUCCUCAGUGAUUACAACAGACACGUACAAAUCCACUCCUCCGAGAAGCCACACCGCUGUGAACUAUGUGGGAAAAGUUUCCGUUUCCUCAGUGAUCAAAAAAGACACCUUCGUAUCCACACGGGAGAAAAGCCGUACCAGUGUGAGCAGUGUGAGAAGAGUUUUGGUGACGUGAGCCACUACAAAAAACAUAUGCUUAUCCACACUGGAGAGAAGCCGUACCAGUGUGAAUUCUGUGAAAGGCAAUUCACUGAUUCUAGUAACUAUAACACGCAUUUAAGGACGCACACUGGAGAGAAACCGUAUCAGUGUGGACACUGUGGAAGGAGAUUCGCUCAUUUAAGUAGCUACGGUCAGCACUUACGCUGCCACACUGGAGAGAAACCGUACUGGUGUUCUCAAUGUAAAAGAUCAUUUGCCUGGUCCAAGUCUUUAAAGGUACAUCGCUGUAUUUUUGUGAAUAAAGAGACUGAUAGUGGAAAAGUUAAAGUUCCUUUUCAAGCUCAAAGUAGUGUUUAAGCCACACAGUGGAUGCUGGAUUCAUAUUUUCUUAGUAAGUACAAGAGAUGUACAUAGAAAUGAAGCCUACAUUUACUCCAAUUUAAUUACCUAGAUUAUAAAACUCAAAUUCUUGUCUUACAAUCAUGUCAGAUCAUUAUUGAGGUGCUUAAAAGAUGUCAGAUGUUUUUUUUUUUAUGUAACUUCUGAAUUAUUGUAUACAACCGUCGCAUAAACUGGUCUUAUGCUACAAAACAAAUCAUAAGAGGCAGGGGAAAAAAAUCAAACAGGCUAUUUGAAGGUCAUGAAGUGUCUCACAACCUCCCAUACUGAUCGUUUUUGUUCACUCUGACACUGCAGCAGAUUAAACAGCAGAUUUUUGGGCCAAUGGAUCCCAAACCCCAUGACUGAUGGAUCAGGCUAAAAUGGGGAGUAUUACCUCCACUUCACAGGCACUUCUCAUGCUUGUGUCAUAAAUGGAAGCAAGUAAUGCCAAAGCAAAAAGAACAUCCCACUACCAAUGCUUUUCAUCAAUGCAUGCACCUGGUGAAAUACAGCGGACGUCUUCACGAAUUACUCUGUGUUUGCCGUUGUAGUUCGUAUCGACUGUUUAAUGUACCAAGCAUGUCUUGAAAGUAACAGUUUUGGUAAGAUGAGUCAUAAAAAAUAUAGCACUUUGAAAUGAAUUAGAUCAGUGGUUUUCAAACUGUGACAUGCAAGAAUGUGACCCAGAUGUUGAACUUGACUCUUAAUCGCUGUUUUGUUUUGGUAGGGGGAAAGCAUAACAGAAAAGUUAGAGAACCACUGAAUUAGACCGACAAUUAACUGAAAAGCCUUAGAAAGAUCACCCAUGACACUUGCACUGUCAAUAAGGGAAAUUGUCAUGAAGGUUGUUAGGCCAGCUAACUUGGUGUGGUUAUAAAAAUUUGGUUAAAAAACAAAACAAAAAAGGAGCUCUUUGGUUGAACUGUCUUUUAAAUGUCAUGUUUUGUCUUUUAGAAAAACAAAUAUGAUAAAAGUUCUCAGAACUCGAACUAAGUUGUUUUAUUCACUUUUCAACCUUUAAUGUCUACCUCUGUACAGUGCUAUCAUUGAAGAACCUUAAAAACAGGUUAAAAUAAAGAUGUUCUUUAAUUUUUACAUUCAGUAUCAGUCGAUCUUGUUCAUCACAGAUUACUUUAUCUUGUAGUGUGGAGGUAUGAGUGGCAGUUUGUAUCACAGAGGGAAAGACAUAAAACUGCUACAGA